GUUGAGAGAAAAGGAAAGGUAUAGAAAGAAGAGAGAGAAAGUCACAAAAAUUGUUAGAGAGAGAAAGCCACCCACUCUAUAUGCCCUUUGAACAAUUAGAUUUCACCCAACAACCAAGAACCUUUCUUCACCCCAUCAAAUUUCUCUUCUUUUUUUCUUUUUGGAAUUCUUGUUUCUUGAUUUUAUUGUUUUAGUCCAUACAUCAAUUUUCUUCCCUUUUGGGGGAUUGAGUUUCUUGUUUCUUGUUCUUGUUAUUAAAUUAAAUAUGGCUUGGAAAAGAUACAUGCUUCAAUCCAAUUCUUUUUGGGUUUUAUCUUGCUGUUGUAAUAUGUGCAAUUUUUGUCCAGUUUAGUUUUUUGCUGCAUUUGAUUUCAGUUUUGGUUUCUGGGUCUUUCUAUUCAUACUGUAUAGGAAUAAAGAUUGGACCUUUUUAUUAAGUUUGGAUCCAAAUUAUUUUUGAGGGUUUUGUUUAGUGCAAAAUAGAAAAAUGUAUAUUGAAGAACUGAAGGAGGAGGAGGGGGAAGUAGUAAACAUGGAGGAGAAGUUUUGUGAUGAUACUUGUGAAGGUCCAUUGGCUGUUUCAGAUACGAAAAGGGCUUUGGUUGGAGCAGGGGCUCGUGCUCUUUUUUAUCCUACAUUGCUGUAUAAUGUUGUGAGAAACAAGAUUCAGACCGACUUUCGAUGGUGGGAUAGGGUUGAUGAGUUCAUACUGUUAGGAGCUGUUCCAUUUCCUGCUGAUGUCCCUCGCUUGAAGGCUCUAGGUGUUGCUGGAGUGGUUACGUUGAAUGAAUCAUAUGAGACUUUGGUCUCAACGUCAUUAUAUCUUGAUCAUGGCAUCAAUCACUUGGUGAUUCCUACCAGAGACUAUCUUUUUGCACCAUCAGAUGGAGAUAUUGACCGAGCUAUAGAAUUCAUCCACAGUAAUGCAUCUUGUGGUAAGACAACAUACGUACACUGCAAGGCUGGCCGUGGGCGUAGUACAACCAUUGUCCUUUGCUACCUGGUCAAACACAAGGACAUGACACCUGAGGAUGCUUAUGAUUACGUCAGAUCCAUCAGACCAAGGGUGUUGUUGGCCCCCUCUCAGUGGCAGGCUGUUCAAGAAUACUACGCAAGAGUAAAAAAUACUGAUAGUGAUGUUUGUGGAGAUGAUAAUUCAUCGAAAAUGCUUGACUUUCCAGCUCAAAAAGAAGUUGCUGUCUUUGAUGAUGGCUCAGUAGUUCUAGUCUCUGAAUGUGACCUUGAUGGAUAUGAUGAAAGUGUUGAGUCAGAUCUAACACGUAACGAAGUGUUAGUGGAUUUAAAGCUUGCAUGUAGAGGAGUUCAAGUUGCUCGCCAGGCAGCAAUUUCUCGGCUUUCAUACCUCUGGAUUCGCUAUCAUUCAACGAAGAAGCUGGGAAGUAUUGGCGUUGACAUCCAUGUUUAUUGAGAUGCCAUAUAUGUCCUAGGCUGUUGUCUGUUGUCCUUUUUGAUGGUGGUAAUAUUAGAUGUUUCCUCCCUUUUUAACCCCUUUUUCGUGUCUUCUGAGGAGCUACAUCAAAAUUGUUGGAAAUGUAACUUUCACGUUGGUGAGAAGAGAAGGAUUCAACAAGUGUGCGUAGUUUAAUAAUAUGGAAGUGUCGCGAAAGGGCAUAACUGUAAUCAGUUGAGUUGUCUUUGUAAGGAAACGUGUGAGGCAUGUAUUUACUGAAUUUUGAUGUGUCUAAUGCAAUAUCUUUUAAUUUGACCACA